GUCCUGGGGAGAAAGAAUCACUGCUGUGAGGUCACUCUGGGUCUGCAGUUGGAACCUGCAGUCACAGUCUAGCUGGGUAAAAGCCUGUAUUCUGAGUCUGCAAACCAACACCUGCAGUCAUAAUUUAGCAGGAAACAGCCAGCAGUCAGAGGCUGCAAUGGAAACCUACAGCAGGAGCUUGCUGCAGCCAGAGUCAGUGAAUGGUUGGAGUCAGGAUGGCCGAGCUGUAAAGAGGAGUAAACUAGGACCCUUUUCAUGCUGUGUUUGGCUCAUGGGAACAAGACAAUGGAAAAUAAGCAUGACUACAGUCAUUGUCCUUCUGGCUGCAGUGAUCGCCCUGAUCAUUGGUUUUGGUGUCUCAGGAAAACACUCCAUCAGUGUGACGGUGCUGACGUCUCCAGGGAACAUUGGCCAGCGCGGCAUCCUGGGCUGCACUUUUGAGCCCGACAUCCGGAGGGACAGCAUAGCAAUCCAGUGGGCCAAGGAGGGGGUAGCUGGGCUGGUUCACGAGUUUAAGGGUGGGAAGGACCACCUGCAAGAGCAAGAUCCCUCAUUUCAGGGCCGCACGGCCUUGUUUGUGGAGCAGGUGAUCGGCGGGAAUGCUUCCCUGGAGCUGAGGGAUGUGCAGCUCUCUGAUGCUGGCACCUACCAGUGCUCUGUCACCACAGCCAGAGGGAGUGGGGCAGCGGUGCUGCGGUACAGGACAGGAGCCUUCAGCAUCCCCAUGGUGCAGGUGGAGAGCAGCAGCCGUGGGGACGCGCUGCAGUGCGAAGCCCCGCGCUGGUUCCCUUGCCCUGCCGUGCGCUGGGCGGCCCACGGUGACACUGGGGAGAACCUGCCCCACGCUGCCAACACCAGCUACGAGCUGAACCCCGAAAACAUCACUGUGAAGGUGACUUCCCUCCUGCACAACAUCACUGCUAACGCCACCUACACCUGCGUGAUUGAGAACAGCAUUGCCAAGGCUGUGGUCAACAUCGGAGUGACAGAUUUCAGAAUUACAAAGGUGACUAACUCGAUGAGCCUGAAUGCAGAGUCAGUGUCAUCCUCCUUUCCAGCCUGUCACUGGAUGCUUCUUCUUCCCUUGUACCUGCUGGCAAUAUAAAACCUCUAUAAAGCGACUGGAAACUGCUGGGUCUGGAGACCAGGUACUACAGCUGUGUUGAUGGCAGGACUCACUUCAGGCUUUCCUCCCUCUGGGGAUGAGGACUUCAGGAGCUCCUGCUGGUUCCAGAGCACACAGUAGCACAAACAUGAAAUGAGCUGAUUUUUCUUGUGUUACUAUUUCUUACCCACACCAAAACCAGGAUAUUUUGCUUGGCUUCACAAAGAGAACAAGGAAUGUGAUAAGGAAAAUUGCAUAAAGCAAAAGUUCUGAUUGCAGAACAAGAUCUGUUCCCUUGUCUGAUCUAACACAGUGACCAGAACUCUGAUCACGGGCAGAAAUUCAGACACAAACAGGAAAAGGGUUUCCCACAAUACAGCUGAGAACAGCUCCUUCAGAAUACUAAAAGCAGGCAAAUCUUAACUCCCCCCAAAGAGAUUUGAUUCACCCAUCCCUUGGCUUGUGAUUCUCUGGCUGUACUAAUAAAACUGUGAAUAAGAGAGCCAGCUAUUCUCCAUCUUCUUGGAGUGCUAAAAUCAAACUCCCCUUCUGAAAAAGAUGCGAAUGGCAGAACAGCAACGGGUUAGAAAACUGCCAGCAAGCUUGGAAUAUCCUGGCAAAGACAAACCACAUCUAAAGUCCUGUAGGAGGAGUGAUGAUUGGAUUUGUAAUGUGAAAUGAAAGAGGAACAGAUAAGUAGACACCAGACAGAAAACUACCAUACAGUAUGAGGAGGAAAAGAAAACCAGCAAGAUACUACCGGCAGGUUCAAAUUUAGAAGCAAAGUUACUAAACUGAGAUAGAGCCUUUUUAUUUUUUUUUUAAAUAAGUGUUAUCUGGCACUUCCUAUCUAUUUCUGUCUGUUACUGUGUUCUUGCAUGACCACUUUCAGUUGCACUUUUUAACCGGAUUUGAUCUUUGUCUUAUCACUUACUGUCAACAUUUUCCUCAGGCUGAGAUAAGUUUAUUUGGGGGUUUUUUUCAUUUUGUUUUCUUUCUGGAGGGCGGAGAGUAAGCUUUAGUAAAAUCUUUACUGUAACUGUUUUGCAGAAAGCACCCACAGAAAAUAAGGCUGUCACAGCAACAUUUGCAGACUUCUGCUUUAAGUUAUUUUGGCAACCUUUUAGGAUGGAGUCUCAGAACUUUAAUGAAUGGUGGCACCUAUCAGGUCUUGUGCCACUCACACUUUGGUCUCAGAAGUGGUCAGCAGGCCUUGAGAGGGAAGGUACUUUACUCAGGCUCAAUAAACCCACUGCCUGUAUCACAGCUCAGUGCCUGCCUCUUCUUACCAGCCCCACCUGAUGGUCAGGCUGCUAUUCAUAAACUGCAAAACAAUGCCCAAAUAAUCUUGUCAUUUAGUCCUAUGAUUUAGUCUCCAAACAGCAGCUUACU